AAGGAUGACUUUGAGAGCAAUUGCAUUAUUGCUCCCCCUCCACAAUUAUAAUUUAAAAAAACAAGUUUUGUAUUAUUUUAUAGCGACCCCAAGUUCCCAAUCUAAUAUACUAAUCCCACUACUGGCCAGCCCUCACCCAUGUUUACUUUCGUCCCUCUUCCUUUUAUGCGACUCGGAAACAGAGGAAGAACAAGUAAAAAAGAAGAAUACAUUCCAAUUUCCAGAACUCCCACUGCCUCUGUUUUCUUCUAAGUUCCAUGCACCAAGCUCCACGCUUUGCUCUCUCUCUCUUGCUCUCUCUUUCUGCGUGUGUAUGAGAGUUGAUCUGACGCCAGCAAUGGCGGUUUCGGUGCAGGGCAGCUUCUGGGACGUUGUCCUAGAGUUGACCAAGAUGGCCCAAGAAAAGCGCAGUGACCCUUUGUUGUGGGCACUUCAGCUCUCGUCGAAUUUGAGCUCUGCGGGCGUGUCUUUGCCGUCGCCGGAGCUCGCCAACCUUUUGGUUUCGUACAUUUGUUGGGAAAACAACGUCCCAAUUGCUUGGAAGUUUCUUGAGAAGGCGUUGUCGAUGAAGAUCGUGCCUCCCAUGCUCGUCAUAGCUCUGCUCUCUACCAGGGUCAUUCCAAAUCGACAAUUGGAGCCAGUUGCAUACAGGAUUUAUAUGGAACUCCUCAAGAGACAUGCUUUUGCAUUUAAAUGCCAAAUGAGUGCACCAACUUAUCCACAGGUCUUGAAGUCAAUUGACGCUGUUCUUCAUCUUUCCUUAAUAUAUGGUCUACAAGCAAGUGAACCUGGAGUUUUUAUGGUUGAAUUUAUCUUUUCAAUCCUAUGGCAAUUACUUGAUGCAUCGUUAGAUGAUGAGGGGUUGCUCGAACUUACCACAGAAAAGAAGUCUAGAUGGGCAACCAGGCCUCAAGACAUGGAAUUAGACAAUAAUGAUAAUUAUGAUGAGAAGAGGACUGAUUAUCAUGAAAGGUUAGAGCAAAUGAAUACAGUGAUGGCCAUUGAGAUAGUUGGCCAAUUUCUGCAAAAUAAAUCAACUUCCAAGAUUCUCUACUUGGCACGCCAAAACAUGCCUACGCACUGGAUGGUUUUCACGCAACAAUUGCAAUUGCUUGUUACAAAUUCAUCAGCAUUGAGAAGCUCAAACUUUGUAACACCUGAGGCUCUUGCGGAGGCAAUGUCAAAAAUUGGCACAGUCUUGUCUUGGGAAUGCAAAACAAGUUCAUUGCAAAAAUUCCAUGCAGUUAUGGCUUUUGGAUCUCUUGCUUCUUCUGCUAUCCUCUGUCAUGGUGCUGCAAGUUCUGCUUUCUGGCUUCCCCUUGAUCUGGUUUUAGAGGAUGCAAUGGAUGGAUCACUAGUUCCUGCAACAAGUGCCAUUGAAAUUAUUACGGGUUUGAUAAAGGCCCUUCAAGCAAUUAAUGGCACUAGCUGGCACGACACCUUUUUAGGUCUUUGGAUUGCAGCUCUCCGUCUUGUUCAAAGGGAGAGAGAUCCCAUUGAGGGCCCCGUGCCUCACCUUGAUACUCGCUUGUGCAUGUUACUCUCUAUUACAAUUCUUGUGGUAGCUGAUCUUAUUGAGGAAGAGGAAAGUGCACUAAUUAACGAAACAGAAUGUGGCUCCACCAAUUGCUGGAAAGAAAAGCAGGUCCCAGGAAAGCGACGUAUAGAUUUGGUCUCCAGCUUACAGAUACUGGGAGAUUAUCAGGGCUUGUUGAUUCCACCUCAAUCCAUUAUUUCUGCAGCCAAUCAGGCUGCUGCGAAAGCAAUGAUGUUUGUUUCAGGCGUCAAUGUUGGGAAUGGUUAUUUUGAGUGCGUUGGCAUGAAAGACAUGCCUAUUGACUGUUCUGGAAACAUCCGCCAUCUGAUAGUUGAGGCUUGUAUCGCCAGAAAUCUACUUGAUACAUCAGCAUAUUUCUGGCCAGGCUAUGUGAAUGGACGCAUAAACCAACUACCUCAUAGUAUGCCUGCUCAAGUUCCCAGUUGGUCAUCAUUCAUAAAAGGAGCCCCCCUUACUCCACUAAUGAUAAAUGCUUUGGUUUUGACUCCAGCUUCAAGCUUAGCAGAGCUAGAGAAAAUAUUUGAGCUAGCAGUCAGAGGAUCCAACAAUGAGAAGAUGUCUGCUGCUACUAUUCUUUGUGGGGCCUCUCUAAUUCGCGGCUGGAACAUACAGGAGCACACUGUUCAUUUUAUUACUAGAUUGUUGUCCCCACCAGUUCCUGCAGAUUAUUCUGGGAGUGACAGUCAUUUGAUAAGUUAUGCUCCGAUGCUGAACAUUCUUAUUGUUGGAAUAGCAUCUGUCGAUUGUGUUCAGAUUUUCUCACUUCAUGGCUUGGUUCCACAACUUGCAUGUGCCCUGAUGCCAAUCUGUGAGGUUUUUGGGUCAUGUGUGCCUAAUGCUUCAUGGUCUCUCACAACUGGGGAAGAAAUAUCUGCCCAUGCUGUGUUUUCAAAUGCUUUUAUUCUUCUUCUAAAGCUGUGGAGGUUUAAUUAUCCACCUCUUGAACAUGUUGUGGGAGAUGUACCCCCAGUUGGAUCCCAACGAACGCCAGAGUACCUCUUAUUAAUAAGAAACUCCCAUCUUUUAUCUUCUGGAAAUGCCCAUAGUGAUAGAAAUAAAAGGAGACUCUCUGCUGUUGCAAGUUCAUCAUCCCCACAACCCAUCUUUGUGGACUCAUUUCCAAAAUUGAAGGUGUGGUAUCGCCAACACCAAGCAUGUAUAGCUUCAACUCUCUCUGGAGUUCAUGGAAACCCUGUCCAUCAGAUUGUUGAUAGCCUGCUAAACAUGAUGUUUAGGAAGAUUAAUAGAGGAAGCCAAUCAUUGACUUCAGUAAAUUCUGGAAGCAGUAGUUCAUCAGGAACUGCAAAUGAAGAUGUUAUAAGACCUAAUCUACCUGCAUGGAAUAUCCUAGAAGCUAUUCCUUUUGUGGUUGAUGCUGCUCUGACGGCCUGUGCCCAUGGAAGACUCUCACCUCGUGAACUGGCCACAGGGCUUAAAGAGUUGGCUGAUUUUCUUCCUGCAUCUUUGGCAACCAUUGUAAGUUACUUCUCAGCUGAAGUUACGCGUGGUGUUUGGAGACCAGUUUUCAUGAAUGGAACAGAUUGGCCAAGUCCUGCUGCUAAUCUGUCCAAUGUCGAGGAACAGAUCAAGAAAAUCGUAGCUGCCACUGGUGUUGAUGUCCCAAGCCUUGCUGCAGGAGGGAGCUCGCCGGCUACACUUCCACUGCCAUUGGCUGCCUUUGUGAGCCUCACCAUAACCUAUAAAAUUGAUAGAGCCUCAGAACGCUUUCUUAAUCUUGCGGGCCCAGCUCUAGAGUCCCUCGCAGCAGGUUGCCCAUGGCCAUGCAUGCCUAUUGUGGCUUCUUUAUGGACCCAAAAGGCAAAGCGUUGGAGUGACUUCCUUGUCUUUUCUGCAUCUCGUACUGUCUUCCUUCACAACAGUGAUGCAGUGGUUCAGCUUCUCAGGAGUUGCUUCACUGCCACGCUAGGCUUGAAUGCCACACCAAUCUCAAGCAAUGGUGGCGUUGGUGCCCUUCUUGGCCAUGGAUUUGGGUCCCAUUUCUGCGGUGGGAUUUCUCCUGUUGCACCAGGGAUCCUCUAUCUGCGCGUUUACCGAUCUAUUAGACAUACUGUAUACAUCACAGAAGAGAUUGUUUCUCUCUUGAUGCAUUCUGUGAGAGAGAUAGCAUGUGGUGGGGUUCCAAGAGAGACUGUAGAGAAGCUGAAGAAGACCAAGAAUAGGACAAGAUAUGGGCAGGUUUCACUAGCUACUGCAAUGACUAGGGUGAAACUUGCUGCUUCACUUGGGGCUUCUUUAGUAUGCCUAUCUGGUGGCUUCAGUAUGAUUCAAUCGCUGUUGAAAGAAACGUUGCCAUCUUGGUUUAUAUGUGUUCACAGAUCUGAGCAGGGGGAAGGGUCAGGAGGGAUGGUUGCAAUGCUUGGUGGGUAUGCACUCGCGUACUUUGCAGUGCUUUGUGGAGCUUUUGCCUGGGGUGUGGACUCUUCUUCAUCAGCAUCAAAGCGCCGUCUAAAAAUCCUUGGGACCCACAUGGAAUUUCUAGCAAGCGCGAUUGAUGGGAAGAUAUCCCUUGGUUGUGAUUGGGCUACUUGGCGUGCUUAUGUGUCAGGGUUUGUGAGCCUGAUGGUAGGUUGCACACCCAAUUGGGUGCUUGAGGUUGACGUAAAUGUGUUGAAGAGACUGAGUAGGGGGUUGAGGCAGUGGAAUGAGGGGGAGCUUGCUCUGGCUUUGCUGGGAAUUGGUGGGGUUGGUACAAUGGGUGCUGCUGCUGAGCUGAUAAUUGAAAGUGAGUUGUAAACUUUUUUAUCCAUCUGAAAUUUAUGUAGAAUACAUAAUUUUUUUCCUUUUCGAUGUAGCUGUAUAUUAAGUUAGGGAAGCUGUGCAGAAGUAAGCCUUUUUUGUAGUUACGGUUCUGAAUUUUGUUUGAAUGUAAAAGCUGUUUCACUGAAGAGCGGGAAGUUCUGUACAAAAAGUUCUUGAGUUGAUGCAACAUGAAAACAUCAAAUUGUAGUGGAAACUGUUAUGGAUAAGGCAGAAACAACUUUAUACAAUUUCAGUUUCAA